AUGCCGAGAUCCUGCUACAGUCGUUCAUGGGCCCUGCUGCUGGCCUUGUUGCUUCAGACCUCCAUGGAAGUGUGGGGCUGGUGCCUGGAGAGCAGACAGUGUCAGGACCUCACCACGGAAAGCAACCUGCUGGUAUGUGGACCAUGGUGAAAACUUACAAUUUCACUUCCUAUUUCUUUAUUUCCNNNNAACGGGGACGAGCAGCCGCUGACCGAGAACCCCCGGAAGUACGUCAUGGGUCACUUCCGCUGGGACCGCUUCGGCCCGAGGAACAGCAGCGGCGCGGCGCAGAGGCGCGCGGAGGAGGAGGAGGAUGCGGUGGCGGUGGAAGACGCUCGCGCUGAGCCCGGCCUGCGCGAGGGCAAGCGCUCCUACUCCAUGGAGCACUUCCGCUGGGGCAAGCCGGUGGGCAAGAAGCGACGCCCAGUGAAGGUGUACCCCAGCGUGGCCGAGAACGAGUCGGCAGAGGCCUUUCCUCUGGAGUUCAGGAGGGAGCUGGCAGGCGAGCGGCCCGACGGCGUGGAGCACGUCCUGGAGGCCGACGCGGACGCCGAGAAGGAGGACGGGCCCUAUCGGAUGGAGCGCUUCCGCUGGGGCAGCCCGCCCAAGGACAAGCGCUAUGGCGGCUUCAUGACCUCCGAGAAGAGCCAGACGCCCCUGGUGACACUCUUUAAGAACGCCAUCGUCAAGAACGCUCACAAGAAGGGCCAGUGAGGGCGCAGGGGUCUUCGCACUCCAAGCUCCCUCCCUGCAUGGGCGAGCCACUCGCCACAGACC